AGAGGUGGGUUGGGGUGGAUAUUACUGGGCAGAAACCAGGGAGGAGACAGCAGCUGUAUCCUAGGCUCCCAGCAGUGAUUCCCCAGCCAUCAAGGUGGGAGGCUGUACUCUGCUCGUCUCCUUGUUUUGUUGCUGCUCCUGCUUUCACAGGUGUCGGUUGAGUAAUGUGUUUCCUGGUGGUGACGGUGUUGGUGGUGGUGGCGUCGCUAGGAGGAAGCUACGCUCAACGAGGAGCUGGUUGUCGGGGAGCCAAUUCUCAGCAGGGUACGUGCGGUACCAUAGGAGACUGCCCACCCCUCUUUGGUCUUUUAGGGCAGCUGCGUGCAGGGACUGCGCCACCCGGCGCUCUGGACACCUUGCGAAGGGCUAUUUGUGGCUAUGAACGCAACUUCCCACUGGUGUGUUGCACAGCACCGGGAGCUGCUGGGGUAACGCCAGCCCCUGGCGAUAGCUCCAAGCUACCCAAACGAUGUGGUAUCUCUGGUCUCACUGACAAAAUUAUUGAUGGAGUGGACGCACCACUCCUGGCUUGGCCCUGGAUGGCACUGCUGCGUGGAAAGGUUAAUGGUCAGUUAGUAUGGUUCUGUGGAGGUGUUCUCAUCAAUGAUCGUUACGUGUUGACUGCUGCUCACUGCUUCAAGUCUGCGCUUGUUACCUUAGAAAGCGUGAGGUUGGGUGAACACACACUUCAACAGAACCCUGACUGUGAAAAGAGACUGUGUGCUCCUACCCCACAGGACAUCGCGGUGGAGAGAAUCAUCUCACACCCUGACUAUAGGAAGCCGUGUUCAGAAUGUAAUGAUAUUGCCCUCCUGAGGCUCGCCCAUCCUGCUAUCCUCAAUCCUCUUCACGUGGUGCCCAUUUGUGUGCCUGUGAACCCUCAGAAAGACCUGGGUUUCUCCGAGGCUCAGUACCAGGGUAAGACAGCCUGGGCGGCUGGCUGGGGCUCCGUCUCUAGAGACUCGGCCACUUUUGUCAGGCUAAAUACACUGCAACAAGUCCAGCUGCCCAUCCAAAAUUUGGACUUUUGUGAGACUCUGAGGAAAGAUUAUCCUGACAAUCGCAUGGUCAUCUGUGCUGGCGGUGAAGGCAAGGAUACAUGCAGGGGAGACUCGGGUGGCCCCCUUACCCUCACUAACAGUGAUGUCAGCAGGCACUAUGUAGUAGGCAUCACCAGUUUGGGACCAAGAGAAUGUGGCUCCUCCAACACUCAAGGUCUCUACUCCAGCGUCAGCUUCUAUGCCCAGUGGAUUCUCAGUAACUUGCAGCCAUAACUAAGUGUUCCUGCGACAGCUGGAACUUUCGUCAGCGGCUCCACACACUAUCACGGAUACAGUUGGUCUUCACUCACUCUACAUCAGCCUUCUGUUUACACUUGGGGAUUUUUAGCGUUGUUCUGCAUAUAGCUGUCACAUACUUUCACAUUACUGUGAAAGUAUGUGACAGUAUAAUCACUGAAGAAAGGUUUAGAGCCAGUAUAUUUGUACCAUCUCAUUUGGUUUCUUGAGCUGGAACGAGCAGACACAAGAGGAGUACGUACGUAUCUCCAAGGCAAGGUUGGACCUGGUUUACCACAUUGACUUUACAGGGUGAACUGACUUCUGAAGUGUUCUAUUGAUUGAAGAGUGCUACUGAGGUGUUUCUCUCUUUGUACAAUAUCCUGACUAUCAGAAAUGUUUUACCACUGCUAACAACACAGUGUCCGGUCUUCCUUCUAGGUGAGGAAGUGGGUGAGGGGUGGGGGUGAUUUGAUACUGUUGAAGGACUCUUGAUAGAAUUGAAACUAAUUUCUUCCGCGGAUAGAGAUGAUAAACUCAUAGGGGUCACAGGCUUUGGUAAUGAGAGGUAAUCAGGCUCAAUUGAUACAAGGAAGGAGAGGGUAAGUACAGUUCUCUAGGUAAAGGGCCCUUCUCUGGCAUCAUCCUCCCCCCCCCCCACACUAUCCAUGAAUGAAGUCUUGGUGUUCAAAAACGUGUUUAAAACUGGAAGACUGACACAGCUAUGGCUACCCCUUCAAUUGGUUAGAGAAAGUUGAAUCCUAAUUACCCAGAAUAAAAAUAAUUAUUAUAAAAAUAAUCGUGUAUUUGUUGACCUAAGAUUACCAAAAUUAUCAUUUUAAUUAUUUUGAAUAGUUUAUUUGGUCCUGUUGUUAUUCUGUUUGUUUAAAGUAUAUAUACACUGAGAGGUAUUUCUCUCUCAGUGUAUAUAUGAUGAGAAUUUAUUUCCUAUUUUAGGAAUUAACGUGUCCAUAUCUGGUAGUGAGAAGGUUAUGUGCAUCCUUAAUGACCCUCGUGUAGACGAUAGGCUUCAAACCCAAUUAACCAACCAAUUGUUUGUUAAUGCCUGUCAGCGCUGUAUGACCCUUGUGGAUUUAGCGCUUAGUUAUAAUAAUAAUUGCUAUUGCCUGUGAGGCUGCAGGUGCUAUAUAGUAUUUAAUUAAGAUUUUAUGAAUACGUAUUUUGUGUUUAUGUUAUGGCUUAUGAUAAUUUUGUCUAUGAUUUGUAAUGAUUUGUGUACGAUUUCUGGUUAUUAUUUUGAUUUGUUAUUAUUAUUUGUGUUGAUAAUUACGAGUAUUGCGUAUUUUUCAUGAUUGUUAUGUGUGGUUAUGAAUAAAUUUCAUUAAAUUUCGUUAUAAAAAAUA